AGGCUGCUGAGCUUGAACCGUAACGUCAUGGGAAGAUGGCGGACGGAGGCCAAACCUCGAGAGCAGGUAAUGCCUUACAGAAGCGCCAGGAAUCCUUAAAAAGAUGGAAAGGAAGCGAGACUGAUCGACAGCCUGUAGACCGAUCUAGGAAGAAGAAUAAAAUCAAGUUUGAUGCAGGAACUGUAUUUAUUUCGGCUGUUUCGAGCGGCGACGUGGACGAGGUGAAGAAAUUGUUAGCAAAAGGGACGGACAUAGACUACCAAAAUGUCGAUGGUCUUACAGCUUUACAUCAGGCCUGCAUUGAUGAAAGUUUUGAACUGGUUAAACUUCUCGUUGAUGCUGGAGCUCGUUUGGAUAUCCGUGAUAACGAAGGUUGGACCCCUUUACAUGCAGCGGCGAGCUGUGGUAGCGUCGAAAUAGCAAAAUAUCUUAUACAAAAAGGAACAGAUGUUGCAUCUGUCAAUAAUGAGGGGGAACUCCCCUUGGAUCUUGCUGAGGAGGAGGAUAUGGAAGAUUUACUCACUGAUGAAAUAGAACGUCUAGGAAUUGAUGCUGAAGAAGCUCGAAAUGUAGAAGAAAAAUUAAUGCUUGAAGAUGCACAAACUUGGUUAAAUAAGAAUUCUAUAAAUGAAGUCGAAGAUAGAUCAGGAGCAACAGCGCUACAUGUAGCAGCUUCUAAAGGAUACCUUAAAGUUAUAGCUUUGCUGCUUCARCUAAAUGUAGACGUGAAUGCAAAAGAUUCUGAUGGUUGGACACCUUUACAUGCGGCAGCUCACUGGGGUCAGACAGAAGCCUGUGAGGUGUUAGCUGAUAAUGGUGCUGAUUUUACUGCUAGGAACAAAGUGGGUCAAACCCCUAUAGAUUUAGCUGAACCAGAUAUGGUAAAAAUUCUAGAGCAGCUUAAGAAAAGACAAAAUGAUACUAUUAAAAUCAAAGCUAAUGCACCUUUAAUAAAAAGUAAUUUGGAGAGUAAUGCACCUCCUCCAUUAAAAAGAAGUAAUACUAGCUCUACUGCAGGUCAUAAAGAUCCAAACUUUAACAAUGACAGUACUGACAUAGAUAUCGCAGGACUGAUGAGUUCUAUAACAAGAAUAAAAGAUCAAAACUUAUUUCUAAAAGAUAUUAGUAAAGAACGGAAAGAAUUCGAAGAGCGAAGUCAUAAAGACCAGACCUCGCCCACGCCCCACGUCAAGGGUCGCUACUGUAAGGUGCCCAGCUUUCCAGACUCGCCUAACGAAAUUGAAGAAAAAGAUAAAUCAUUCGGGUUCAACAAAAAUGAGAGUGAAAGCGAAACGGAAAGCGAAACRGAAAGCGAAACAAGUUCAGAAGAAGGAUCAUCCGCGGAGGAAAAAGAGAACACUGUAGUUAAUUCCAAAGCGGGUUCUUCAGGAUCAGAGAGCGAGAGCGAAGAGGAGCAAAAAGCUCCUGUUUCAAGUCGAACCAGUAGGKCGGCURUCAGCWCUGCUAGCACCACGAAUACGCGAACGGCGUUAAACCGACCUGCAACUACUACUGCUACUACCACUUCUUCAAGAGGAGGUGUAGUGGAUCGAUAUCGUCAAAAUAUCGCAAACCAGCAAAAAGAUACAAAAACUACGCCUGUAUCUCCUGUGUCUAAAACAGAACCGUCAUCACGKGUAUUCGGUUCGAGAUUUAGUAGAGAACAGGAAGUGAAGAAAGACACUACUACAUCGCGUGCAGGAAGCGCACCCGUGCGCACCACAGCCGCAACAACAACUACCAACACUACUACYUCUAGUGGUCUAAGAGGUAGGGAUGGUAGUGCGGCGUCUCAGGAGAGUAAGGACGAGCACAAAAGAAGAGGGCGUAGGGUUACUGCAAGGGCGGGGACUGCUUUUGUUGCGAAUGUCUUAGAUGAUGAUGAUGAUGACAGUAAAAGUAACGAUGUGGCUGGUAAAGAUAGCACGAAGGAUUCAUCCACUCCGAGCUACGAGUUCCAGUCGCGCAGAAAUAGAUUAACAGGGAGCACUACGGACAAGAGUGAAGAUAUCGUGUCCGCAAAGAAAGGUCGCCUGGAACAGAACAAGGAGAAUGAAGAAGGAGAGAUGUCAACCUGGAGAAGAAAACGACUGGAAAGAGAACAGCAAAGAGAACAGCGAGAAAAAGAAGAGAAAGAAAGAGCUCUGGAGAAAGAACGAGAGAGGGAAAAGGAACGAAAGGAACGGGAGAAAGAGAAAGAAAAAGAGGUACCAACCUAUAGAUCGCGCUUCAGGGACCGAGAGAAGGAAAAGGAACAAAAGGUGAGAGAAAAAGAGUUAUUGGGUAAGAGAGAUACAGAAUUAGAGAGGAAGGAAGCUGACAUGACUAUAACCCAUGGACGAAGAACAAGGAGAUUAAGAGAAGAUCGACGCGGUACUGGUGUUGCUUAUAUGCCACCUGAAGAGAGCGAAGAUUCUUCCAAGGAGGCUAAAGAUGCCUUGAAGAACGCCAAGGCAAAUGAAGAGACUGAAGACAGGCCUUCGUAUAGCAGAAGACAACGCCAUGACAGGGAUUUGGCUUCUGAUGAUUCCAUUAAGACUACGGACAGGAUACGAGGAUCAAGAGGUACAGCUACGGGUAUGGGAGCAGCUACGGACUCGCGCGUUCCUCUCAGUACGGCCAAGGACAAUACUAUACGAGUUACCGAGACAGAUCCCAAAAAACUACAAGCCCAAUUACAAGAAGCUCAUAUAGAGAUACAACAAUACAAAGUGAAACUAGAGACUACUAUGCAGGAAAAAGAAAAGCUAGAGCAAAAACUUACUCAAUUAACUGAAGAUCUGAAGCAAUUAAACGACUUGAAAUCGGAGAAUUCUCGACUGAAAGAAGAAAACGGUGCGCUGAUUCGAGUUAUAAGUAAGUUAUCGAAGCCUCCAACGUGACCAUAGAAACAAGUCCAAAAGAAUAUAUAUAUACAUAACAAUAUAUAUAAAAACAAAGCCUAUUAUUUAGGUAUUUUAGUGCUCUUUCAAAUUGGCCGAUAUUCAGGGAGAAAUACUGAACCAAAUCAACCAUAUUGGAGGACAUCUUUAGCAAUUUUUUCGUGGUCUAUACCCCCGUGAGUUUUUUUUUGUAAGCCUAAGAGGGGUAGGGUACGUAUGGUUAUUCUCGAUAUGCGUUGAGAUGGAUCAUUAGUAGUGUAGAUAUUCAAUUACUAAGACAAAAACGAAGCAAUGAAUAAGAUCUUAAAUAGCUAACAAAAGAUUUCAACGUGCCGUUCCAACUGGCCUUGCAACCUUACCUUAUAGACGUUUGACAAUUAUUUCAUACUUCAAAAAAACGCAAGUGGGUUGCCUGUGUCUUUGGUUCGAUGCAAGGUAGUUUUAUAUAUAUAAUAUUAUUAUUAUCUAAUGUCGAYGUAUUUGCUUUAUUAUUAAUAUCUAUUAAUGUUUAUUAUUAUUAGGGUAUUAGCAGUUAACUAUCUUCUAGUUUCGUUCAAAAGUGAAAAUGGAAAAUAUUUUCUUUAGUUCUCGGUAUUUUCGUCACGUUUUGUGCCGGCAGGAAGAACAAUCGAUUUUUGCCUUCCCCCCCCCCCCUUCUAAUAACGAAAAAAAGGGAAGCGCAUCAAAUUGAAAAAUAUUUCUCCGUGCGCCUUCGAAAUUUAUCGUACAGCGGCUGCUUGUUGAAUUUAUGCAUAAUAAGAUGACGUCAUGCACGCGCACUACCAGGCAGACAUGUGAGAACCCUCCCCCCCCCCGUCCCGCGUGACAUGCGCUCUUAUGAGAACUACAAGUAAAAUUCUCUUGAUUAAAAACACUGAAUUUUUUGAAGACUGCUAAACGUAAGAUAAAUAAUUUAAACUGAAUUUGUAAUGUAAGAGUCAGGUUGUUUGUGCCCGUAAUAAGUGACCUUUUUUUUCGAUUGAUUUUAUAAUAAAAAAGUGUAAAAUUGAAAAUAUAUAAAUAGAAAUAUAUAUAUCUAGAUCUUGGACAGGAAUCGUCUUGUCUUCCUUCCGGCCAAACGAUAAGUAAGUGAUAGCAACGAGAGGAAAAAUAGCAAGAAAAACUGAAUUAUCAAAGAUGCUCGCUGUUAGUCGAUCAUGGUAAUAGAUCUCAUCCCUCACCCUCUCCCCCCUAAUUUUAGAACCUGACCAUCCGGUCUUGUCACGUGAUUGCCAAUGGUUCGACUUGAGCGUGUCGGGCUGUGAGAUCUAUUAAAUCAUUGCUUUAGUGAAAAAAGGAGUUAAGUUUUAUAUGAUGAAAGCCUAACAAAAAAUGGGGAAAAUCUUAAAUGUAUCCGCCUGGCGUCGGCGGGAAAACUUUUUUUUUUCAAAAAUGGUUUUUCAAGAUAGCCGUAUCUCGUUUGUAUUCAAAGGUAGAGAGAAAAGCUUUGAAAUGUAUGGAUAACAAAUUUGAAUCCCGUAGAGGUCCCCCAGGGAUUUAUCUUUGGUCCUUUCGGAGGCAGUAUUGUCAAUUAAACGGGGAGGAAUAUUAAUGCCAUUGUACUUAGUUAUCAAAACCUUUACCAUAUAUUUCUAGCAUAUUUAAAAUUAAGGUAGCACAACCCAUAUUUUCCAUAGCAUUAGUGAGUUUGCAAGCGAGUACACGCUACACUGAGGAACGGAGAAUCCAAGGAGAUGGAAAAAGCUGAUUAUUUUCAAUGUUUAUGUAGUUAUAAUAAAACUAAGCAUUAAGUGGACUGACCAAGCCAAUGGUCACAGAGACAAUUCACUGUAUUAUUGGAUAUUCCAAUUUUCUGUAAUACAAUAUUUUGGCCUUUGAUAUAUCUAUUAAAGCUCUUCUAUAAAA